CCUGUGGGAUCCAGGCCAGCCCGUUCCCCUGGAGAUCAGGGCAGGAGUUUGUGGCCACAGACCAGUUGCUGUGGGUGGUGGCACUGCAGGACACACAGCGCAACCUCCUGGCCUUUGGCUCCAUCCUGAACCAGCACUGGAUUCUCAGCGCCGCAUCCAGCCUGUGGAACAGGCAGCAGGUGCUGGCCUUGGUUGGGCUGAGCUAUUCGAUGAGCUCUGUCAUCCCCCACAAGGAUUUUGAUGAGGUGACGCUCUACAACAAUGUCGCUCUGCUCAGUACAGCCGCCCCACUGGAGUUCAGCAGCGUUCUUCAGCCCAUCUGCUUCCCCCAUGGGAGCCUCUCUGCCUCAGACCUCGUGAACUGCUGGGUCUCAGGCUGGAUCCAUCCCACUGCAGGCCUGCGGGUGCUGCUCCUGGUCCCUGGACCUCUCCUACUGCCGGGGCCUCCAAGGGCCUUUGAUGUGGCCAGGAUCAAAGAUGCUCGGGAGGGCGAUGCCGGCAACCCCGUCAUGUGCCAGAUUAGAGGGACUGAGAAAUGGGUCCUGAAAGGCAUUCUCAGUGCGGGCAGCAUGAGAUGUUACGGACCGUUCCAGUACACUCCAGUGUCCUACUACAGUGACUGGAUCUUGGCCACCACCGAGAGGAUAGGACCUCCACGCUAG